AUGGCUCAAGAAUUAACUCACCCUUCAAUUAAAGACGGAUGGUUCGCUGAAAUCUCCAACACUAUGUGGCCUGGCCAAGCUAUGUCCAUUAAAGUUGAAAAAGUUUUACAUGUUGAACAAUCUAAAUAUCAAGAUGUUUUAGUUUUCAAAUCAACUGAUUAUGGUAAUGUCUUAGUUUUAGAUAACUGUAUUCAAGUUACUGAAAGAGAUGAAUUUGCUUAUCAAGAAAUGAUCACUCAUUUAGCUUUAAAUUCUCAUCCUAACCCAAAGAAAGCUUUAGUUAUUGGUGGUGGAGAUGGUGGUGUUUUAAGAGAAAUCUUAAAACAUGAAUUAAUUGAAGAAGCUUGGUUAUGUGACAUUGAUGAAACUGUUAUUGAAGUUUCAAAGAAAUUUUUACCUGAAAUGUCCAAAUCUUACAAUGAUCCAAGAGUUAAGGUUCAUAUUGGUGAUGGUUUUAAAUUCUUAGCCGAAUACAAAAAUCAAUUUGAUGUUAUCAUUACUGAUUCUUCUGAUCCAGAAGGUCCAGCUGAAUCAUUAUUCCAAAAACCUUAUUUCCAAUUAUUAAAUGAUGCUUUAACUGAAAAGGGUGUUAUUACUACUCAAGCUGAAAACAUCUAUUUACAUAUGCCAAUCAUUUCUAAAUUAAAGAAAGAUUGUAAAACUAUUUUCCCAGUUGCUGAAUAUGCUUACACUAUGAUUCCAACUUAUCCUUCAGGAUCAAUUGGUUUCAUGGUUUGUUCAAAAGAUGCUAACGCCAAUGUUAAAAAACCAGUCAGAUUUGAAUGGACUGAUAAAUUUGUUGAUGAAAACUUGAAGUAUUAUACUAAAGAAAUUCAUGAAGCUUCAUUUGUCUUACCAAAUUUUGCUGACAAAAUUUUAAAUAAAGAUUGA